CGUUGCUGUAACUCUGAGCGGUGAUAAACAGUGGUUUACAGGAAGAAGAGGAAAAUGAAGCAGUGGGUGCGAGGCCGUGGACCGCGCGGCGGCGCGAGCCAUCAAAAUCGGAGCCGUUCCACAGCUGACUGGACAGCUGACGUUCACCAUGGCCCAGGAGCUCAACGAGGAACUAGGACGAGUGUUGCGCGAGCGCGGGGUGAUCGGUGACAUCCUGGACGGCGUUGAGCGCAAGACCAGGGUCAAGCGGGAGCAGAUCGUCUACGGUGUGGUGGCGUUGGUGUCUGUGGGCUUCAUGGCCAACAUGCUCGGUGCCAAGUCAACCGUGUUUAUCUCGACGGUGUGGCCCAUGUUGGGCAGCAUUCGCGCCAUCGACAGAGCGGACGUGCUGGCGCUGCAGAAGUGGACCGCCUACUGGAUCGUCUACGCACUGGUCAACGUCUUCUUCAAUUUCCUGUUUGUGGGCAUCUACCGCUACUUCAAGCGUGUCUACAUUGUAAAGAUGCUGCUGCUCGCCUGGUGUGCAGCGCCUGUGCAGAGCAAUGGUGCCAACAUGAUCUUCCAGAAGGUGUUCGCGGGCAAAAUCUUCAGGGAGGGCCCCGCUGCUGCCCCUGCUGCUGCUCCAGCUGCUGCCCCCGCCGCUGGCGGCAAAAAGGAGUCGCCCGACACGAGCCGCAAGAUGCGCAAAUAGUGGCACCUGGCUGCCACCGAAAUUCCGGGCCUGAAUAAAGAUUACUCUGUUUGUCCGUUUUCA